ACGAUUGAUACGGAGACAAGUCUCCGCCCUAGACGACAGCCCAGGAGCUUCAUCCGGAUUAUCUGAUGUAAUGGAGAUGGUUCAUGCGCCGUCAAGAAUCAUUUCUGCGAAUGCGACAACCACAGAAGAACGAGAAAACGAGAAUGAAAAGCUCAGACAACUCAAGACUCGUGGUCGCAAACCACGCGCCAAAAAUCCAAAGAGAUAUACCGAAGAUGUAGACACUAUCGCGAUUGUGCGCCGACACGGCGCAAAUAAUAAUUAUCUGGCCAUGGACGAAUAUCUCAACCCUUCUCUCGCGGCUCAAACAACUUCCACACAGCAUAUUCAGGUCUUUGUUGACUAUAUCAUGGUCGCAUGGCCGUGUCUCUUCAAAUGCACUGAGCGAUCUGUGCCCAUCAGUUGGGUGACAUACGCCGCUUCUCGGGGCUCCGGCACAGACACCAAUUCCUUCGACCUAGGACUUCGAUCACUGACAUGCUCGUUCAUGGGCGCAUCGUCGCACGACCAAAGACUGAUCAAUGCCGGGCGACAGCUGUACGCUAGUAAAUUAUCGAACCUCCAGUAUACUUCUUUUAAAGAAGGUGGCAUCCUGGAUGAAGACAUCCUCGCCGCAGCAGUCGUACUAAGCGUCUACGAAAUGUACAACGGCUCUACGGCCUCGGCAUGGUUAUACCACCACUCCGGAAUCGUGGAAAUGAUGCGUCUCCGCGGCGCAGAAGCGCACACCACUGGAUUCGGGAGAGCAAUCUACAUCGCCUACCGCGGCUUCAUCAUCACUGCCUCGCUCCUGAAAGGGGAAGCAUGUUUCUUAGAACAAAAGGAAUGGCAAUCCAUGAGUGAACGGCUCGCGACGGAAAACGCGAAGCAGCCCGAUUCGUCAGUAUUUAAUGAAAUCGCGGAACGCGCGUUCCGUGAGAUGGUUAAGUUGCCGGGUAUGCUCAAACGAGUUCGAGAUUUGUGGGAAACGCCGCCUGUGAAUCAGUUCCUUGUUCGGCCGCAGUUGAAGCAGGAAUUGGCUGCGUUGAGGGCAGCUUUGAGAGGAUUACAUACCGAGUUGGGUAUCACGGUAUCCACGCACGGCGGACCUGAUAAUCCUUCUGCUUUGGUUGCGAAUGUCGAUAGAAAGAAGAAAGAUAUCUUCGUUGGCCCCGUGUCGUGUAUGUUCUUUGACGGAUUCUCUGCUUUGACGAUCCGCGGUAUAAGAUCUGGAAUCGUCCUCGUGGAUCAGCUUUUGUUCUUACUUACGCCUGAAACAAAAGUGAGGCAGAUGCUUGAUGAAGAAAUUAAUACCUUGUCGCGAGAGGACGAUCUGACUCAAAACUUUGUGGACAACGUCCGGAAAGAUCCGUCGCCCUCGCCGUUUUUCAUGAUAGAUACAUCUACGCGGCCAUUUCCCAUCAGAAUUGAGAGUUUGAUGGAUCCACGCCUUCGUCAGGGUCCGAAUACGUCUUGGACAGAUCGGAUUGCGACUAGUUAUGGGAUGUUAGGCGUGAGGAUACAUGUUGAUUAUGAGUAACACUCUUCAAA